AUGGUGGAUAAUGGUCUGAAAACGGGUAGGAUUCUGAGUCAAGCAGCCAUAAUGGCAACCUCCCAAGCCGUCCAAAGCGGGUCUAGAGUAAUGGCAAGAGGGAAGAAAAAGGAAGAAACGGCCAUGGCAGCAGCAGAAGCAAGGGAAUAUCGUAAUCCUAGGCCCCGUUUUCCGGAAAGGACCCCACAACACUACUAUCCUCACUCAAAUGUGGCAUAUCCUCCUCAACCCUACAUGGUCAUGAACACCCAGCCGUAUGUCCAUCCGCCGCACCAAGCCAACCGAGGCCAAGCUCCAUCUCCUAGAAAUCAGCCUCCUUACCGCAACCACUAUAACCCACAACCUCCGCAAAAUAACUUCCGUCCUCAGGAGCCACAUAGAAGGGGGACUUUCACGCCCAUCG